AUGUCUCAGGUGGUCUUCAGUGUAUUCCAGAAUCUGCAAAAAGUAGGCUCUUAUGCUAGUGAAUAUUCAGAUUUUCCCGUGAGAGGAACAACAAGCAAGGAGAGCAAGCUUCCUUUUCUGCAUCUUUUACAAAGGCUGCCAGCAGGUGUGGCCCAGAUCAAACGUGGUUCUUCCCACCUCAAAAAAUAUGAAUUAAAGGUGGACCUUCCCACUUUAGAGAAUCCAGAUGAAAGUUUGGGAAACGCUGAGGCAACAGGGAAAGUUCUCAGUGGGGUAAGCUUCUGCAAUCAGAGGCGGCUGCAAGGUUCUAUCCCUUUGGCGGCCACCAGCCCAGAUCAGCGCGCCCAGCCAGGGGGGAACCGGGCAGUAGGAACCCAACAAGGGUCCCUACUGGAGGGUGGCAGCUCCGACCCCACACCCCGAGACGCGCCCUCCCCUGGUCCCCACUGGGCGAAGGCGCUCCAGGUGGCCUGGGCGGCAGGCGCGGCCAAGCGGUGGCAGGCUGACUCAGCCGCGCAGCAAUGCUGCGGAACCGGGACGGCCUGCCCUGCCACCCCCGCCGCUGAGCUCGGGCCGCCCCCGCCGGCCGCGGAUCCCCGCCCCCGGGGCCCGGGAGGAAGCACCCGGGCGCGGCGCCGAGCACCUGGGCGGCCCGGGCGGGCGCCGUUUCCGGGGCUGCGCGCUCGCCGAGCCCAGCCGCGCUCCCGCCUCCAGGUGCGGCGCGGGGUCCGCCCGCCGGUGACAGCGCCCCACGGGGACAAGCCGGCGCUGCGCUGCCCGGGCUCGGCGGCCGCGCGCGAGGCGAGUCCCCGGGGUGGGCUGGCCGCGGUUCCAGUGCCCCGGGGGGUGGUGGCGGGUGGAGAGAACGCCUCGCCGCGCCGCGCCGCGCUUUCGGGGCUCGCACCGUGCUCGGGCUCUUCUGGGUUGCACCGCUUGGAUCGCGCUCCCGGCGAGUGGGCGUCGGAAGAGAAACCAGAGCCGGCUUCAGCAUACAAACAGAAAUAACAUUCUAAAACCAGAAAUAACAUUCUGAAAACAUUAUAA